GGGCGUGGCGGGAGGACUGACGUCAUCCACCCGGCCGGAGUGAGCGGAAGUAUUUGAACUCCAUGGUAAAUGUGUCGUGAGAGGGUGGAGUUUACAGGACCGUUAUCCGCCAUCUUACUGGAGGCAGGUCAGCCAACGAGAGGAGAGACGCCGUCAGAUUUGGGGGUGACCCCCGUGUCUCCGCAGAUCAUGUCCACGCUGUUCCCGUCGCUCUUCCCACAAGUCACGGAGUCGCUGUGGUUUAACCUGGAUCGGCCGUGUGUGGAUGAGAACGAGCUCCAGCAGCAGGAGCAGCAGCACCAGGCCUGGCUGCAGAGCAUCGCAGAAAAAGACAACAACCUGGUGCCGAUAGGAAAGCCUGCCUCCGAGCCUUACGACGAGGAGGAAGAGGAGGAUGACGAGGAUGAUGAGGACAGUGAGGAAGACUCUGAGGAUGACGAGGACAUGCAGGACAUGGACGAGAUGAAUGACUACAACGAGUCUCCAGACGACGGCGAGAUUGAGGCCGACAUGGAGGGAGCGGAGCAGGACCAGGACCAGUGGAUGAUCUGAGGACCCGCACCGGACAUGCGGGGGACUGACUGUUGUAUUUGCUGUGAUCUGCUGAUAUUUAUUGAUUCUACAAUAAAUGUUUAUGGUGUUUUU